AUGGAGCAAGAGAAAGAUAGAAGAUAUAGAGGAAGAACAGGAGAGGUGGAGGCACAGAAGAAAAAGAAAGUUAUCUGCUGGGACAUCGAGGCAAUAGAAAGUUUUAUUGCAAAUACGGAAGAAAUAAGCUCAACGGAAGAGCAUGAGGAAAUGAGUCUAGAUUUUACAUGGAAGAAACUAAAAGAGCUAGUAGAUAAGGCAAUGAUAAAAAAGGAUAUUAGGAUCAAAACAAAAAGAAUAGGAUUCAAAGAAUGGUGGGACAGAAGUUGCACAAAGAUAAAAAGGAAUACCAAGAGAAACAAUAAGAAAUGGAAAAGUGAUAAAAUAACGAGGAAAGAAUACUUAGAACAGAAGAAGGAAUGGAGAAGAUAUAUGGAAAAGAAAAGAAAAGAGAAAAGAGAAAAAAAAGAGAAAACACUGAAAAUGAUUAGGACGGAAGCAGAAAUGGAGGAAUGGAGAAAGCACUUUGUGAAUCUGCUAGAAGGGCAGGAGACGCGUGAGGAAAAAGAAGACAAGGGGAACGAGAAAUGGGAAAAAGAGGACGAACUAAGAAAAGAGAAGAGGCAAGUGGACUACCCAUCGGAAGAAGAAAUAAGAAAGGUUGUGAAGAAAAUGAAAAUGAAAAAGGCAGCGGGAAUAGAUGGCAUUCCAAUGGAGGCCUGGAGACUAGGGGGAGAAACG